CAAGAUCUGGAUGGGGAGGAUGGUGUUGCCAUCCCUGAUUUUGUGGAUCAAGUAGAGCCAUCUACGGAGUGGAAUCAAAUGCGGGAUGAGUUGGCUAAUACCAUGUGGAAUAAUGUGCACAAUGUCGACGGUAACUGAAGAAAGGGACAUGAUACCAUAAUGUCAAUGCGGAGGAGGAAAGAUGAUUUUGUUAUGCGCUGGGAAAGACGCUGUACAUGCUGGACGCUAGUACUACAAAUUUUCGUCCAAUACAAAGCAUUCAAGGUGGUUUUUAUGGUGCGAUGGAUACCACAGUCAGCACGGAAUUGGGGAAUAGCCUACUUAUGUGCUGACUCAGCUUUAUCGUCCUACGAAACAAGUGUCUUGGGAAACAGCCUACUUGUGGAUCGUAUCCACUUAUUGGAAAAGAGGUACAAGACUUUCACCGAGCUCAUUCACUUGGAGGGUACGUUCUGGAACGAGCCGAACAACACGAUCAUUGUCCCAUCCCAAACUUGGGCAACUCGUCUCCCGGAAAACCACAUUCUCGGUGCAUAUCAUAGCCAUGGUGACCCCGCAUACAGUAAGCUACGUGAGUUGUUCGAGUUGGUUGCCGUCGACGAUGAUGUUGGUGGAACCUUGAUCAUACUGUCUGACUCAGUGUCAACCCAAUCUGUUGUUUGUGAUGCGCCUGUGCAGAAUAGAUGCCAUGUUGAAAUGGCCGAAGCCAACAGCUCUAACAAGUUCUCAUGCGCUCGGCGAAAGCUGCUGUUCGAUGAUGGAGGACCCCUUGACCUUGAGUCAACGAACAAGAAAGCUGGAUGUUUUUUAAUUCCCGGGAAGGAUGGGCAAGUGGAAAUGGUCGAAAAGAAGGUAACAGGACGUAUACUGGAGCGCGAUUUCCCCCUGAAAAGCCCCACCCUCGCGUACUCGUGUGGCUCUUCCAAUCCCGUGCCUAAGUAUAGAAUGUCACGGAAGCCCAACGUGUAGUGCGUGGUCGAAGCUAUUGGUUUUUUUAACUUCAUAAAAACCAAGCUUAUUGUUUUUUGUCUUGAU